UCUCCUCUCCCCUCUUCUCUCCCGAGUCCCAACUCAAUCCAUGGCUCUCUCCAAACCCAUUUCCUUCUUCCACCUCAAAACCCUAACCCCAUGCUACCCCCAUCCCCGCCUCCGCCUCCUCCUCCCCUCCCUCCGCCUCUUCUCCUUCGCUUCCCCUGAAGAAGCCGCCGCAGAACGCCGCCGCCGCAAGCGCCGCCUCCGCAUGGAACCCCCUCUCUCCUCCCUCCGCCCCUCCGCUCCUAAACCCCCUCAACAACGCAUCCCCUCCAAGACGGCCCCAAAUCCCAACUUCCCCAAGCUUCCAGAGACCCUAUCGGCCCUUUCCGCCAAGCGUCUUGACCUCCACAACCGCAUCCUCACCCUCAUCCGUGAGAACGAUCUCGACGAGGCCUCUCUCCUCGUCCGCCACUCCAUCUACUCCAACUGCCGCCCCACUGUUUUCACCUGCAACGCUGUCCUCCACUCCCUUCUCCGCCAGAACCGCCACGCUGAUCUCCUCUCCCUUCACCGCUUCAUCACCCAGGCCGGCAUCGCCCCCACCGUCAUUACCCACAACCUUGUUCUCCAGGUCUACUGUGAUGCCCGGAAGACAGACACUGCGCUCGAGCACUACCGCCUCAUCCUAAAGGACUCACCUUUUAACCCCUCUCCGACAACCUACCGGAUCCUCGUUAAGGGACUCAUUGAUUGCUCCAGGCUUGAUCAGGCUCUGGAUCUCAAGGACGAUAUGCUCACCAAGGCCUUUUGCCCUGCUGAUCCCAUUGUCUACAACCUGCUUAUGGCUGGUGCCCUCAAGAGUUCUGACCCUGAUAAAGCUCUGUCCUUGUUUGAAGAGCUUAAGGAAAAGCUUGGCGGUGGGAUGGUGCUUGAUGGCGCUGUUUAUGGGAGUCUGAUGAAGGGGUAUUUCGCUAAGGGUAUGGAUAAGGAGGCAAUGGAGUUUUAUAGUGAAGUUCUUGGUGAGAAUUCCAAGGUUCGCUUCAAUGCGGUGAGCUAUAACUCAGUGCUGGAGGCAUUGACGAAGAAUGGGAAGUUUGAUGAGGCAUUGAGACUGUUUGGUCGGAUGAAUGCUGAGCAUGAUCCUCCGAGGAGGCUUACAGUGAAUCUUGGGAGCUUCAAUGUGAUGGUGGACGGGUAUUGUGCUCUAGGGAAAUUUAGUGAGGCUAUUGAGACGUUUGGGAAGAUGGGGGAGAAGAAGUGUAGCCCGGAUGUGUUGUCUUAUAACAAUUUGAUUGAUCAGCUUGGGAGGAAUCAAUUGGUAGCUGAGGCAGAGGAGCUAUAUAGAGAGAUGGGUGAAAGAGGGAUCAAUCCAGAUGAGUACACGUAUGUCUUGAUUGUUGAGGCAUGUUUUGGGGUGGAUAGGGUUGAUGAUGCAGUUGCAUACUUCAAUAAGAUGAGGGAAGUGGGGUUGAGACCAAAUGCGAAUGCUUAUAAUAAGGUUAUUGGGGGCUUGGUGAAUGCUCGCAAGCUUGAUGAGGCAAGAGGGUUCUUUGAACAGAUGGUGGAAAAUGAGGUGAAGCCAAAUAUCACUAGCUAUGAGUUGUUGUUGAAGGAAUUCUGUGAAGUAGGUAGGGUGGAUGAUGCACUUAAGACGACCAAGGGCAUUCUGAUGGAUGAAAAUGUAGUUUUCAGCCCAGAGAUGAAGGGGCUCGUGGAGGAGAUGUUGAAGAAAGAAGGGAGGGAAGAGGAUAUGGAGAACUUGUAUGAGGAAGUAGAGAGGGAAAAAGCUGAAGCAUUGGCACGGGCAGAAGAAGAGAAGGCUAGAGCUGAGGCUCUUGCCAAGGAAGAAGAAGAGAGGAAGAAGGCUGAAGCUGCUGCAAAGGCGGAGGCUACUGCAAAAGCAAGUGCUGCAGCUAUUGAGGCAGUUUUGGGAAGGAGGAAGGAAGAGAAGAAAGAAGAGCCUUCAGCUAUUGGUUCCAGUGCUCCUGAUGCAGGCCAAUUGAAAGAACUCAUUGAUGGCAUCACUCCUGGCAAGGAUACAAAGGCUGGAGAGGGAGAUGCUUUGGAACAGACUAGUUGAUGCUACAACAUGUGCGGGAUAUUCACCAUUCGAUAGAAUGAGGUCAUUCUCUUUGUAUUCCAAUGUGAUCAAAAUUCCACUUGUUACCAAGUGCACUUGGCUGCAACCAGCUCCUAUCAAUUUCAAUUGCAGUUUCCGUGUCGACAUCAGACCCAUACGUAGGCGUAGUUAGGUUUUUCUUUUUAAACAUGGUUCCUUCUUCAUAGACAUAGAGCAUAAGACCAGAGGAUGGAACUUUUAAACAUGAGCAUCAACUUGUCAUUCCUAUUGAUUAAUUAAUCAGAUCCGGGACUGUUUUCUCA